AUGGCUCUGAAGAGAAUCCACAAGGAGCUGAAUGACCUGGCGCAGGACCCCCCAGCACAGUGUUCAGCAGGGCCUGUCGGAGACGAUAUGUUCCACUGGCAAGCUACAAUAAUGGGGCCAAAUGAUAGUCCCUAUCAGGGAGGAGCUUUUUUUUUGACAAUUGAUUUCCCAACAGAGUACCCCUUCAAGCCACCUAAGGUUGAAUUUACAACAAGAAUUUAUCAUCCAAAUGUGAACAGCAAUGGCAGCAUUUGUCUGGACAUCCUCCGGUCACAGUGGUCUCCAGCACUAACUAUUUCCAAAGUACUUUUGUCCAUCAGUUCUCUGUUGUGUGACCCCAAUCCAGACGACCCUUUAGUACCCGAGAUUGCUCAGAUCUACAAAACAGAUAAAGAUAAGUACAACAGAACAGCUCGAGAGUGGACUCAGAAGUAUGCCAUGUGA